AUGCCUCAUUUGACAACACUAUGGAAGGCAAUUGUCUUGUCUUUCAUCAUCAACUACUUGGUGGUGAGCGCAGAUGUGGAGUCCACCACGGUGGGCGAUAGUGUGGCCAUGGAGACAUCGUACGAGGACGAUGAUUUAAUUCCCAGUUACAUUCUGCCAAAGCACAUCUUCAACGAGGGAAAGCCAUUCUAUGUGGAGAAGGAUCCCAUCUCGGGAAAAUUGGAUUUCAGUGCUAAAAAGUCUGCUGGAUUGGAAAAUUUCAUCAGCAAUGUGCCAGAAGGCAGCAAAGAGAAGGCCACAGAUAUCCAUCCGCUCGGCCCCAAUGAAAUCACACCAAAUUUCCACGACUUCCUCAAUCUCCCUGUGAAGUACUCGAGCGCAAAGUCCGUCUAUCCGCUCGUGUCGUCAUCAUACGCAAAUCUAAAGUAUCAGGGCAACAAUAAGAACUACGUGAGCAAUCAUAAAAAUUACACGACCAGCACGACAUCCAGUCCAAAAUACUACACGAGUUCGCAGAAGCAGUCCACGACAACUAAAUUAUUCAGCAGCACGAAGCCUUUCACUUCGACAAUUAGGUCAACAGAGCGACCGACAACAUCCUCAUUCACUACGACAACACUUUCCUCCACGACUCCCUCGACUACUAGGGUUUCCACCACGACCAGCAGCACAACGACCACGACUCCCACGACAAUCUUCCGCCGAAGACCGUCUGUGAGCGCCACAACUCCGACGCCAAUCACAACCACACCGCCCAGGAGAACCUAUCCUUCGACGACUCCCGUGUACCAGACGAGGCCCCAGACAAAGCCGCCGCGGGGACCAACGAAGUAUGAGUAUACGCCGAAGCCCCUCUUUGAGGAUCUGCAGAAGCAGUCAACUGUGGAAGUCACACGCUCGACGACUCCUGUGCCUCCGAGCACCGCCAGUCAGCCUAAAGUGACCUCAACAUCCAAUUCACCUUCUCCAAGCGCUCCUGCCACCAUUCCAGUGCGCUUCCCUCCGAACUCCGACACAGCGCAGUCAACAGAUAAGAAGACCAUGACUCUGUCCGACCUCUUCAACUCAUUCUCAGACGAUGAGAUUGAGGAGUCCGAUGAGGAGAUUGCGACUCAUUCGAAUGCCAUUCAGCAUGAGAGUAGCAGCGAAAGGAUUAAGGAGCAGCCGAUCGGACAUAUUAAGAACUCGGGCGGGGCUCAAUUCCACCACGAUGACUAUGUGAAGUAUGAGGUGCAGAGACCCAAUCUCAAUGUCAUGCCCUAUCAACCAGUCUCCAGCAUGAACAACAUCGUAAUUUCGCCGGAUCAGAAUUCAGCCUCUUUCGUUCUGGGCAGUCAGCAAUCGGUUGGAGAGUCCAGCAGUGCAGGUAUAUUUGUGGGCAGCGCCGAACAGGCACCGAUCUUCGACACUCAGCAUAGUUCCCAGAGACCACACGGAUUCACCACGAUGCCCAGCAUCCAGAUAAAGCCUCAUGAGUACAAAAGCACCAGCGUUCGCUUCCCCAGCGCCACGGAUCAGCAGAUGGAGGCUUUCGAGAAUGCCCCAGUCAUCACGGGCACUUAUAACAAUGAGAUCACCAUUCCAAAUGGACAUUCAGCGCCGGUGGCUCUGCCUCAUCACCAAAUUGUUGUUUUUCCGCCGAAUGAGAAACUCCCUGUGGCCACAGUCAAUGCGGAACUGGGAUCAACUUUCGAUUCGAAGCAAGUGGGCACGAGAAUUGUCUUUGGCAGUGAUGAACCUAUUCAGAAGCCCAGCGAAAAUGACUUUCCAAAUCCGCAACCCACACUCGCCGACAACUUGACGCCACCACUUGAGGGAUCAGCGACUCAUCAGAGACCCAAUGCGAUUCCGGGCAAUCAGUACAUUCAGGGCUUUAACAGACCACAUCCGCCGCCUCACUUCCUCUACGGCCCUGAUGGAGGACACAGGAAAUCCGUCCCGCCAGUACAUAGGCCGAUGAUCGACAGACCUCUGCCGAAUAUUCUGCCUCAAUUCCGACCAAAUGCUAAAGUCUCUCACGGUCAUCCGUACAACAAGGAAGUUGGCGUUCAGCGAGUCUCUCCCAAUAGGCGUCCUCAAGACAUUGGAAUUCAUCAUCCAGUGCCUCCGCCACCGCCUUCUUUCCCCAUCAGGAGAACUCCUUUGCCCAAUCACUUCGCGUCGAAGAUCGCUCCUGGAGUGAGACCAAUUGACUUCAAUCACAGCGAACCGCACAGAAGAAUUUACAGACUUCCUCCACCGAGAUUGCCGCAGGGCCCGAUUCCUGGUCCUGACCGCUUGUACGCUCAAUCUCUGCCGCCGCGCAAGUUCAUCGAUGGCUUCCCAGUGGCACAGCAGCAUCCCAGCCAUCCGGACAGUAUUCCUCCGCCUCGUGGAAUUGUGCCUCCUCCUGCAUAUGACAAUGAGAACUUCUUCAAAUUGCCGCCGAGAUCGAAGCUGAUGGAGCGGAAUGAUCAGGAGAGACCCAAGCUGGAACCUGUGGUCACAUUGCAAAUGAUGCAGACCAAAAAGCUUCUGCAAGGACCAGGAAGCAGCCAGGCUCAGAAUGUGACUGCAGCGAUAAAUGUGGGUCAGCCUAAUCACGGAGUGAAGCUGGGCGGAAGCGAGAAGAGUCCUGUGUAUGUGGUGUAUCCCAUCAAAUCUGGCCCAGAGACAGAGGAUCCCAUCGUCAUUGGCCAGAGAGGAGAUCAGCUGCCACUGCCACCGUCGGAAAUUAGCUCAAUGUCUCACAAUGGUGGUGAUUAUCAGAACACUCCAUUCACAAUUAUCCACCACGAGCAGGAGCCAAUUCUGGGCUCCAAGUACAAACCGAAGCCACCGAAAGGACACUUUCCGUACUUCAUGGAGCAGCCAGAUCCCAAAUCUGCUGGAGAAAUGGGGAAGAAGGUUCCGCUGACGCUUCAGAAGGUAAAUGAGGAGCAUUCGCACAGCAUGUACAAUAUUGGCGAGGAGCCAAUGGGUCCUCCGGCCGAUCAGAAGAUCUCCAGCACGCUCACGAGAGUCACUGAUCGACCCAUUGCCAUCGCCUACACUCCCACGGAGUCCAAUCACUUCCACCGGCGUCCUGAUGACAGGUUCUCAAUGCCCAACUACGGUCAUGCAGUCAUCUCGGAGAUCAGGGAGACGCAGACUGAGGCUUCCUUCGUGCGGGACGAUCAUGAGUAUCCGCUGAGGAAUGAACACUAUCAGCAGGACUUCCAGGCGCCUUUCUUCCCCAGCAUAAAUCUCGGCACGGUGACAGAUCCCUACAGAGGUUUGUUUGCACGAAAGAUUGACCGCGCCGAUGUGGACGUCAAGGAGACUGAGUUCAACUCCGCUGAACUCGUGACGAAGAGGUUCGACCUGGAAGCGUUCCAGCCUGAAUACUUGAGUGGCUUCAAGCCCAUCUACCCGUCUGAUCCUCACCACUCGCAGAAUGUGCAGUCGAGUGCGGAGAUCAGAGAAACGCCCGCGUCCACGACUGAGGAGGCGCGAACGGAGGAACCCAUCAAGUCGGAGAUGAGCAGCUUCGAGCAGACUCUGGACGCUCUCUUUGGCAGCAUGGACGACGACGAGGAGGAGGGAGAGGCGUUUGACGAGGAGAAUGCCGAUGUGGACACAACCACGACGAGCAGGAGAUAA